AUGGGCUUGAAGAAGGCUCCGCUGUUGGGGUCUUCAGCUUCUAUUGAGGAGACUGGACUAUCCGUGAUCGAGGGGGAUCGUAGUCUCCUUAGCCACUUCGGUUCACACACUGUCAGACAAGACGACACAUUGAAUGUUGCAGCGAGAAAGUCUGCGGCUAUCCGACGUAACGUCGUUGCAAGAGGCUUAGCGAGACAGUUUAGCGACCAGAAAACACGAGAAGAAAGUCUCAAACCUCAAGUCACUCGGCAUCAACUUCAACAGAAGAUUUUAAAGAACUACCAGCGACAUCAAGCGCAACGUUUAGCCAACGAGAAGCGAGUGAAGAACCCAGAACGUCACGAAGAUUCCGCCGAAGAAGACGAUUUCAGUCAAAAUGUGAUCUUAAAGGUGCCCAAACGAACAAAAUCAGCUCCAUCCAAGGCAUCAAGCCGCACACGUCGUAUGUCUCCUAUCGUACCACCAAAAGGAGCGACGAGUUUCUUACGCAACACCAGAAUGCGUCAAUUUUCCGAGAAUCAGGACCAAUUACAGUCCGACGAUGAAAGAUCGAGAGAGUCUGAUCAAGGCGUGGUCACUACUAGGCUCAAACUGUGUCCGAGUGAGUCAGAUAUCCCAAAUCUGAAACCAGUACAACCGGUGUCUAGCUCAAGAGUGCAGAAGUUCAAGGAGAAUAUAAAGACGGAUGCUCAGAGCUUCACAAAUGGACUAACACCGUGGCUAUCUCAAGAGAACAGGUCGUCACAAAUUGUUCUUCGCGAGCUGGCAAUCACGAAGGACAUUAUGAUGCGGGAGCAACUUGUUCGGCAGUUAAAGCAAGCGCUACCGACGGUCGAGACGCUUAUCAGAGACUUUCUCAAAGCCCAAGAUGAUCUCAAACAGGCUGAAGGUGCACUGGAAGCGGCAAAAACGUCUCCAGCUCGUAUGAAGAAGACGGGAUCGCUGAUCGGGCUAACAGCGACACCAACUGAAGUUGACCAAGUCCAGAACGCUCUGACUGAGGCGGAAGGGAUGGUUACUGAGGCGACAACUCGCUUAACAGAGCUAUCCAAGAGAAUGAGCUACCACGUUCAGCAUGUGGAAAUACUGAUAAAAGGCUUCCAGCAGUCGACUCUCUGUGUCGUGGAGGGGAUCCUGGAUUGGCGGCAGUUGAGACAGCGACGAAGACAAUUGAGUAAUUUCAAGCGUCUUUUUCGCUUCCCGUGGAGGAUACAGAAGAUUUCCAAUUAUCUCGUACAUAUCGAUGACGAUUUACGUGUGUUGUUCCCUUCUGUAGCCCUUGAGGUGCUGCUUGGUCCGAAGGCGACGUAUACUCCACUCUUAUUGUCAAGAAAAGUGAUUAAACUGCUUAAAGUAUCAUCGACUGGGAAGACUUUUCUGACGGAAAAAGAAGAGUGUAGUGCAAAUAUUCGCGUUGAUAACGAGUCUGUACCACCCGAACGGAGUGAGAACUGUACGAACGCGGCGGAUGAUGCAAGGAUUCAAGCUGCUCUACCGAAAUCUGUCAAGCGAAACUCGUCUGUAUUCGACCACAAUCGUCUUCGACAGUGUCUAGAGGCGAUUUAUCAAGAGAAACGUCUUGAAGCAUUGGAGAGACAGCGAUGUGGUGAAGAAGAAGUGCGAGUUCAGAGCACAUAUGAUCCGUUCUCAACGAUAAAAUCAGCGGGUGGAGUGGAGGAAACUUUGAGUAACUUGAUGACUAUACAGUCGCCACAUUCGCAACUACUUGGAGAGCAACUUCGUAUCCGCCAAGAGGACACUAAACGAAUUGCUAUUUCGCCUUCUAUGCCACAAACUGAUCAAACUGAUACACACAAUGAAGUUCUUCAAGUAAACCCUGAACGUUUGCGACUUUUCUUCGAGAAACGUGCGGCUUUACUCGAGUCUUCAGCCGAUUGCGAACUCCGUGACACUCAACCUCGCGGCCAGAAAAAUAAAUUACGGGGGAAAAUAAUGGUGCGGAAGAACAAUGAGAAACGAGUGGAGAACUAUUUAGCACGGAAGAUCCAGCUCCAGUAUCUGGCACAUCGUCAACGCCACGCGAUUCAAACUAAUCUGACCCAAUUCGUUCAAAAGAUUCAAGCCAGUGUGGUUGACAUCCAGCGAGUAUUCCGUGGACACCGUGCCAAAUGUGACUACAAGUGUAUGAGGAGCUUGUGGCUGGAGCACAGACAGCAAGUAGCUGCUGUUCGUACCAUCAUCAACUCGUUCCGACGGCAUCGACGACGUCAGCGUCACCGACGCUCGAUGACUGUCGAGUCUAUUGCUCAAGUGCAACUCAUCACUUUGCUGGCUCAUAAAGUGAAUGAUCCGGACCAAGAUGCAGAGAAAUAUAGACGUGUGGGUGAAGAGAGACGUCGUCAGCGGAUUGUGUUACUUCAGAAGCACAAAAUGGAGCAGCAAGAGUUGCAACGGCAACGUGUUGCCGCUGCUAUUCGGAUGCAAGCCGUGGUACGUGCUCAUUUGGCCCAGGGACAAGCAAAACUAUUAAGACAAGAGAAGAAAGCGCACAUGAAUGCUGUCAGUGCGAUGGCGAUUCAGUCGACGAUCCGAAAGUUUUUGAACACUCAACAGGAGCGACGACAGCGUUUUCGGAAAGAUCUGGAGCGUGUGAACCAGUCUGCAGUUCGGAUCCAGUCGAUAUACCGUGGAUACAACUCACGAUCGAGUCUUCUGGGUCAACUAGAGGAUACAGAUGAUGAGGAGGAAUCCGAUGCUAGCAGCGAAGAAGACCUGGAUGAGAGUGAUGAUACUGUGGUUGCUGAGAAGAUGGAGGACCGUUUACCGCCUAUUGCUGCGUCUAACCCACGACCGUCAAGUAGUAAAAGUAGCUCGACUGGUAUGGACGAGAAGGCUUCUGUACGAAGCCGUACGCCUUCGAAUCCCGUGUCAUUACCACCGUUGUGGGCCCGUGACGGAUCCUCCAGCUCGCUAGUGUCGUCUACGUCGUCUACUGGAACAGGACGACGUUUAUCCAUCGGAAUGACGCGUAUGGAGCUCAAAUUGAAGGACGCAGAGAUCGGAGACAAGUUCGAUACUCCUCCGUCAAGACGCACUUCUUUCGUCGGCAACAUGCGGCAUCAAACCUCAUAA